UUCUGUUAGUUGUUCUUGAACCAGGCAAAAGGAAAGUCUGAAAAAAUGGCACCGGCUUACAAAUUGAUUUAUUUCGACUACACAGGCCUUGCCGAAAUCUCCCGUUUCCUCAUGAAAUAUGGCGGAAUUGAUUUUGAAGACUGUCGGUUCAAACUAGAAGAAUGGCCCCAACUGAAACCAAAAUUCCCGUUCGGCCAAUUGCCCGUCUUGGAGCACAAAGGUAAAGUCGUGUGUCAAAGCAUGGCAAUCGCCCGGUAUUUGGCCAAACAAGUCAAGUUGGUGGGAAAUGACGAUUGGGAAAAUCUCGAAAUCGACGCUAUCAUCGACACCAUCAACGAUCUGCGCUUAAAAUUUGCGGCUUGGUGGUAUGAGCAAGACGAGGCGAAAAAGAAGGUGAUAGUCGAUAAUUUCAAAAAAGAUAAUUUGCCUUACUAUUUACCCCGUUUGGAGGAAAUCGUCAAGAAGAAUAAAGGCUAUUUGGCACUCGGACGGCUCACUUGGGCCGAUUUUUACUGGGCGACAAUCUCCCCAGUUUUCGACAUGGUCACGGGGAUUGACGCUCUUGCUAAUUAUCCGGAACUGAAGGCAGCGAGAGAAAGAGUUAAUUCUUUACCAGCGAUCAAGAAAUGGAUCGAAGUACGACCCAAAUAACUCUGCAUCAUUUAUUUAUUCUGUUCAGAUAUUUUCAAAAGUAAAUACACACCAACUGAACAAA